AUUUAUCUUUGGCAAGUAUUUUUUUCUGCUGACCAGACGGCGAAUUUGCUAGUGUCUUGGAUAAAGUGUGCUUGAAUUCGUAUCGUUAGUGCCAUAUGUGCUGGAAGAACAGUGGUCAAUAUGUGGGUGAAGCCACAAGAGGUUCUACUGGCAAAUGCUCUUUGGGUAACAGAACAAGCAACUGUAUAUUUUGUAUUACAACGCCGUAAAGGACAUGGAAAAACAAAAGGCCUUACUUCUAUAUUGGUGGGGACAUUGGAUAGCGUUUUUGACACUAAACCUCCACCAUUUAGAAUAUUACAUCAAACGCCAUCAUCAGAAGUUUAUUGGGCAGUUGCAUGUUCCUUGACACAUGAAGAAAUUUUACAAGAUUGGGAAUGGCUUCACUCAAACUUGAUGGAUACAUUAACAUCAUUUGAUACUGAAGAAGAAAUAACUGAAUUUGUUUGUUGUAAAAUACAAUCUAUUAUUGCAAAUAAUAUACCAGACUGUCAAUUUGCUGACGAAGAAGAUCCAGAAUCAUUUAAAACCGUAUCUUUUAAAUUUCAUCAACUUUUCAAUAUACCAAAAGAAGAUAAAUUGGUCAAUUAUUAUUCAUGCAGUUACUGGAAAUCUCGUUUGCCUAGACAGGGGUGGUUAUAUUUAUCAAUAAAUCAUAUGUGUUUUUAUGCCUAUAUAUUGGCAAGAGAAACAAAAUUAAUUAUAAGAUGGGCAGACAUUACUGAAUUAAGCAAAACUAAUUCCAUCUUAUUUCCAGAUAGUAUACGUGUUGUAACUAGAGACAAUAAAGAGCAUUAUUUUUCAAUGUUUCUUCAUAAAUCAGACACAUAUUCGUUAAUGGAGCAGCUUACAAAUAUUGCUAUGAAAAGGCUUAUAGAUGAAAAAAGUGGCUUUAACGAGGAUAGAGAACUAUUAAAUAAACUGAGCAAAAACGUACCUAAAAAACCAUCCUUUUUAAAAAGAGAUCUUGAUGCAAGAGCACAUUCUGAAGCUUAUAGAUUACAAUUCAGACUACCAGGAAAUGAAAAAUUAGAUGGUAGUAUUGAUGCAACAUUAUGGACACCAUACAAUAAAAGAUAUGCCUGGGGAAAAAUAUUUCUUUCCCAGAAUUACCUUUGUUUUGAAAGCAGAGUAAGAGGAUUAGUAAGUUUAGUUAUACCUUUAAGAGAAGUAAGGCUUAUUGAACCAGCUGAAAAUCAGUCAACUAGUACAGGAAUAGACAAAUCUAUUCUAGUAACAACUGCUCGAUCGUCGUUUUUAUUUGCUCAGAUUCACGAUCGAGAUUUUGUUGUUCAGAAAAUAUCUGAAUUAUUAGCAAAAUCUAAACUAUCAAAUUUGAGCGUCGAUCACGCAUUUUUUCAUAAUAGUUUACAUAGUGAUAGCAGCAAUGGGGAAACUAAAACCGCUAAUGACUGGAAACCACAACCACCAUUAAUGACUCUGUUUAAAGCUCCAUUAAGCAAUGAAGCGACACUAAAACAAGAAGCUAAAGAAAAACAAUGGGAACUCCAUUUUGCAGAGUAUGGUAGAGGUAUUACAAUGUACAGAACAACAGAGACAGCAAAACUUAUAAUCCAGGGUAUACCACAGUCUCUUAGAGGAGAAGUUUGGCUUACCUUUUCAGGUGCGUUAAACGAAAUGGUAAUGAAUCCAGGACUUUAUAAAUCGUUAGUUGACCAAUCAUUGGGUAAGUCUUGUCAAGCAAAUGAAGAAAUAGAACGAGAUUUGCAUCGUUCUUUACCCGAGCAUCCAGCAUUUCAAUCUGACACUGGAAUCAGCGCUUUAAGAAGAGUUCUUUCUGCAUACGCUUGGAAAAAUCCACAAAUCGGCUAUUGUCAGGCCAUGAAUAUAGUGGCUUCAGUUCUAUUGAUCUAUUGUUCAGAAGAAUCUGCUUUCUGGCAGUUAUGUAAUGUAUGUGAAUCGUUAUUACCUGAUUAUUAUGACAGAAGAGUAGUCGGUGCUCUUGUUGACCAAGGUCUUUUAGAAGAGCUAGCUGCUGAACACUUACCAACUUUACAUGCUAGAUUGCAGGAACUUGGUCUCAUUAAAGUUAUAUCACUUUCAUGGUUCUUAACCAUAUUUUUAAGCGUUAUGCCAACUAGUAGCGCAGUAAAUAUAAUGGAUUGCUUUUUCUAUGAUGGAGCGAAAGUAAUUUUCCAGAUAGCAUUGACAGUACUGGAGUGGAAUCAGGAUAAAUUGUUAAAUUGCUGUGACGAUGGUGAAGCAAUGCAGUUAUUAACAGAUUACCUUGGGGGUGUAUUCAAUGAUGAAGGACUUAUACUUCCUAGACCAGUUGAUAGUGCUGCUCCUAAUAGAAGUAUAUCUGUUCAGACUUUAAUAUAUGAAGCAUAUUCAAGAUAUGGAUCUUUGACUAUUGGUGGAAUAGAAAGACUUCGUUUAAAACACAGGCUUAGGGUAGUUCAAAGUUUGGAAGAUGGAAUCGAGAAAAAUGUAAUUAGAAGUGUUAUUGUUGACAAAUAUAUGACAAUGGAAGAACUGCAGGAUUUGUUAAGUUUAGUAAGAGAAGAAUUAAUGAGCCAACGAAAAUCUGAACCUGAUCGUUAUGAUCCAACACAGCCACCUUAUGAGGCAUAUAAAGUAGAUUUUGAACUAUUUAGGAUAUUAUUUGGUGGCUUGUCUCCAUGGGGAAAAUGUAGUCAAGCUGAAUCUCUUGCCGCCCGAUUAUUUCGUUUAAUGGAUCGUAAUCGUGAUGGACUACUGAACUUUCGGGAAUUAGUACAAGCGAUUGGUAUGACCGCAACUGCAGAUUUAACACAAAGAUUAAAACUUUUAUAUACUCUGCACUUACCACCAUUACUUACACCUGUUGAUUUCGAAUCGCCAACGCAUUCUGAUGGUGCUGAAGUAGCAGCAGAAGCUACAGAUUUUUUUGACAGUAUGGAACAAAGCGUUGCUUCUUUAGAAAUGCCAGUUAGUUUAGCGGAAGAACCGAGUAUCGGUACUUUAUCUCGGUCGACAAGUUUGACCAGCCAGGGAGAUCAAUCAUGGGAAGUUCAAAGCAUGGGAAGCUUACGCUCCAUGAUAGCAUCCAAAGACAGCCCACUGGAUCUUAAAACUGUGCCAAAAAUGUCACAAAGACAUUUCAUUGCAUUAUGGAAAACUCUUUAUGACAUGUUCCCUGCACAACCAGAAGAACAAGAAACUUACCAUUGUAUAGCUUCAAUAGGUACGCUUUUACUCCAAUUAGGCGAUGUUGGUAAAAAGUUUUACGUCGGUCGAGAUGAGUCUGAAGACAGUUUACUUUUGGCAGCUAUUGCUGUUCAACAAACACCUCCAGCUGUGGAACGGUCACAUGAUCGCAAUGGGAAUCCGUCAAAUGUAGUUGCAUCUACUGGUCCAGAUUGGUCAAUAAGUGUCGAACAGUUCUUGGCAUCUGCCUUAACAGGUCAAGCUAUAGUUGAUUUUUUUAGUAAAAGAGCAGAUCUUUCAGAAUCGAUUACAACUUUAAAAAAUCGUAGGUUUAAUCGCGUUCAUUCCUUAUCAGACACUCCUGUGUUAAAUGUUUGAUACGCAGGUUUAACUGUUUACGAGAAUAGUGUAAGAUAUAUGUAAAAUUUAUAAAGUUAUAGAUUGCCUUGAAUAAUUGACCAGUAAUUUCGUUUCCUAAGGAAAUUUCUACAUUCAUUGCAAUUAGAUAAAUAAAUCUUAGUUAAAAGAUAGGUUUGUAAUGUGCAAAAUACAUUUUUGUAAGAAAAUAGUAGUUAACAUGAAUUUAAAAAAAAAUUAUAAUAUAAUGUUUCAAUGCAGUAAUUCAAGUAGCAUCUAAAUUUUACUUGGUAUUACUCUUAUAUUUUUUAUUGAUUCCGAAAUUACAGAUAUAAAAAACGUUUAGUCCUUUAUAUCUUUAAUAUUAUUGCUUUUUCUUUUUUUAAUAAGCAAUAUUAUGUACUAAUUUACUUUAAAGAUAAAAUUUUACUGCAAAUGUGAUUAAGAAUUAAUUAUUCUUUCAAAAUUAUUAAUCUUUAAAUAUAUAUAAAUCUAUUGGCCUAAUCAUACAAUAUAAUAAUCAUACUGAUAAAAAUCGAAAGAUGGUAUCAAUAGAAUAUACUCAGGGUAAUAUGUCUGACAUGUUAGUUCCAAAUCAGUUCCAUCACAUUUUAACAAUAUUCAUGCUUGAAGAUGAAGUUCCCAAUAAAUGAUACUAAUAUAAUAUAACAGAAAUAUUUUUUAGAA